UGCAGCCAGUCAGUCAUAUUAUUUCACAUAAACACAUACAAAAUAAAUCAAACUUUCAAAAAAAAAACUGAAAAUAUAAUUUCCUCGCGUCAGUGAUAAAUAUUCUUUGAAAAUUUUCAUUGUUUUUUUUUCGGAUUCUCCAAUUGUUUCUUGUUUUGUUCAUUUUGAAUGUUUGUUUAAUAUGUCUAUUUCCGGUAUUAAAUCACCAAAAAAUCUAUCAACAUCAUCAUCGUCAUCAUCAUCAGCAUCAGCAACAACAACAAUGAUGAUUGAUAUCAAAACAGUUAAUGAUGAUCAAGAAGUAACAACAACGAAAAAAAAUGGAUCAAAUGCACGACGUGCAGAAAAACCGCCAUACAGUUAUAUUGCAUUGAUUGUGAUGGCCAUACAACAAAGCCAAACAAAACGUAUGACAUUAUCCGAAAUUUAUCAUUAUUUGCAGCAAAAAUUUUCCUUUUUUCGUGGCACUUAUCAAGGAUGGAAAAAUUCUGUACGUCAUAAUUUAUCAUUGAAUGAAUGUUUUAUAAAAUUACCGAAAAAUAUUGGCCGUCCAGGUAAAGGCCAUUAUUGGACAAUCGAUCCAGCAAGUGAAUUUAUGUUUGAAGAAGGUAGCUAUCGUCGACGACCACGUGGUUUUCGUCGUAAAUGUCAAACAUUGCAACAGGUUAAUUCGACAAAUAUUCGUUCAAAUCACCAUCAUCAUCAUCAUCAUCAUCAACAUCAUAUUGAUGAUGAUGAUAAAAAUAUUAAUCAUUCACAUCAUCAUCGUUCACCACCCUCACAUUUUAUUCUACCACAAUCAAUGAUUGAACCAAAUUCAACACCAACUCAUAACGAUAAUAAUAAA